UGCGCACCCAGGCACCGGAGGGCAGAGGACAAAAAGCUGCCAGUCACUGCUCCCUCCAUCGCCGUGAAGAGACCAGCUUUUAACAGACCCAGCUAGGCUGACUCCCCAUCAUGCAAGGUUGGCUCAAUCUCCCCACACUCUGUCACUUCCUUCUCCUGUGGGCCUUCACCACCUUCCACAGAGCCCUCGGGGACCCAGCAUCCUACCGGGGCCCCCACUACCUCCUGCCCCCCAUCCACGAGGUCAUUCACUCUCGUCGUGGCGCCACGACCACGCUGCCCUGCAUCCUGGGCACCCUGCCUCCCAGCUACAAGGUGCGCUGGAGCAAAGUGGAGCCAGGGGAGCUCCGGGAAACUUCCAUCCUCAUCACCAACGGACUGCAUGCCCGGAGCUACGGGGCUCUGGAGGGCCGAGCCAGGAUGCGGAGGGGGCAUCGGCUGGACGCCUCCCUGGUCAUUGCGGGCGUGCGCCUGGAGGACGAGGGCCGGUACCGCUGUGAGCUCAUCAACGGCAUCGAGGACGAGAGCGUGGCGCUGACCCUGCGCCUGGAGGGGGUCGUCUUUCUCUACCGGGAGGGCUCUGCCCGCUACGCCUUCUCCUUCACUGGGGCCCAGGAGGCCUGUGCCCGCAUCGGCGCCCGCAUCGCCACCCCAGAGCAGCUCUAUGCGGCCUAUCUUGGGGGCUAUGAGCAGUGUGAUGCUGGCUGGCUGUCCGACCAGACGGUGAGGUACCCCAUCCAGACUCCGCGAGAGGCCUGUUAUGGAGACAUGGACGGUUUCCCUGGUGUCCGAAACUAUGGCGUGGUGGACCCGAGUGACCUCUAUGAUGUCUACUGCUAUGCUGAAGACCUAAAUGGAGAGCUGUUCCUGGGUGCCCCCCCAGACAAGCUGACAUUGGAGGAGGCACGGGCAUACUGCCAGGAGCGAGGAGCGGAGAUCGCCACCACGGGCCAGCUCUACGCAGCCUGGGAUGGUGGCUUGGACCGCUGCAGCCCAGGCUGGCUGGCCGAUGGCAGCGUGCGCUACCCCAUCAUCACACCCAGCCAGCGCUGCGGUGGGGGUCUGCCCGGCGUCAAGACUCUCUUCCUCUUCCCCAACCAGACCGGCUUCCCUAACAAGCACAGCCGCUUCAACGUCUAUUGCUUCAGAGACUCUGCCCAGCCCUCUACCAUCCCUGAGGACUCCAACCCAUCCUCGGACCCAGCUUCUGAUGGACUGGAGGCCAUUGUAACAGUGACAGAGACCCUGGAGGAACUGCAGCUGCCUCAGGAAGCUGUGGAGAGUGAGUCCCGAGGAGCCAUCUACUCCAUCCCCAUCAUAGAGGAUGGAGGAGGUGCAAGCUCCACUCCAGAAGACCCAGCAGAGGCUCCUAAAACCCUUCAAGAAUUUGAACCCCAAUCCAUUGUGCCUCCCAUGGGGUCAUCAGAAGAGGAAGGCAAGGCAAUGGAGGACGAAGAGAAAUACAAGGAUGAAAAAGAAAAAGAGGAGGAGGAAGAAGAGGAGGAUGUGGAGGAUGAGGACCUGUGGGCCUGGCCCAGCGAGCUCAGCAGCCCGGACCCAGAAGUCCCUCUCCCCAGUGAGCUGGAGCUGGAGGACUCACUCUCCCAGGCCUCCCAGUCACCGGCCGUCCUACACCCCGGUGCAUCACCGCCUCCCAAUGGAGAGCCAGAGGCUCCCAGGCCGCCAAGGGUCCUAGGACCACCCACUGAGACCCUGCCCACUCCCAGGGAGGGGAACCUGGCCUCACCUUUCACUCCCACUGGGGCAAGAGAGGUGGGGGAAGAGACUGGGCGUCCUGAGCUGCCGGGGGUCCCUCGAGGAGAGAGCGAGGAGACAGGGAGCUCCGAGGAUGCCCCUGCUCUGCUUCCAGCCACACAGGCCCCUGGGGGUACCAGGGAGCUGGAGGCCCCUGCCAAAGAGAAUUCUGGAAGAAUUAUCCCAGCAGGGACCUCAGUGCAGGCCCAGCCAGUUCUGCCCACUGACAGCACCAGCCAUGGUGGAGUGGCCGUGGCCCCCUCAGCAGGUAACUGUGUCCCCAGCCCUUGCCACAAUGGUGGGACAUGCUUGGAGGAGGAGGAGGGGGUCCGAUGCCUAUGUUUGCCUGGCUAUGGGGGGGACCUGUGCGACGUUGGCCUCCGUUUCUGCAGCCCGGGCUGGGACGCCUUCCAGGGCGCCUGCUACAAGCACUUUUCUACGCGGAGGAGCUGGGAGGAGGCGGAGACGCACUGUCGGAUGUACGGCGCGCACCUGGCCAGCAUCAGCACCCCCGAGGAGCAGCGCUUCAUCAACGAUCGAUACCGGGAGUACCAGUGGAUUGGGCUCAAUGACAGGACGAUCGAAGGCGAUUUCCUGUGGUCAGAUGGCGUCCCCCUGCUCUAUGAGAACUGGAACCCCGGGCAGCCUGACAGCUACUUCCUGUCCGGAGAGAACUGCGUUGUCAUGGUGUGGCACGACCAGGGACAAUGGAGUGACGUGCCUUGCAACUACCACCUGUCCUACACCUGCAAGAUGGGGCUGGUGUCCUGUGGGUCCCCACCAGAGCUGCCCCUGGCUCAACUGUUUGGCCGCCCGAGGCUGCGCUAUGAGGUAGACACGGUGCUUCGUUACCGGUGCCUGGAGGGGCUGGCCCAGCGCAACCAGCCACUGAUUCGCUGCCAGGAGAAUGGUCGCUGGGAGGCCCCGCAGAUCUCCUGUGUGCCCCGCAGGCCGUCUCGAGCUCUGCGCCCCAGGAAGGCCCUAGAAGGACAUCAGCGGAGGCUACUGGGGCACUGGACCCCUCCUUCCAGUCCUGUUCCAGCUCCCUAAGAAGCAAGGCCUUGGAUACUGCUGCCCCCAGCACUGCCCUCAUGCCCCACCAUGGGAAGUGGCAACAUGAGAGGGGUAGAGCUGGAGUCCAGGUGACAGUGCCUGAAGGGGCUUCUGGGAAAUACCUGGGCAGCUGCAGACCAGCCUAGGCCCUUUCACCCCCACACUGAGCAUCAGGUUUUCCCUCAGGGCCUUGAGUUGUCCCUAAGUGCCUCAACUGCCCCCUCCA